GCUACAAAUAAGCCAUCGCCAAACAGUGCGAGGGGAGAGCCGCCGCGAGGAAAACCGCAAACCGCAGGCAAUUCAGGCACAGCUCAAACUCCUCGAAGCGCAGGCACAAAAUCUAGCAACCUAGCUCCUGCCACAAAGCAGUCUCGAAACUUGUCUGGCAAUGUUGGGAGCUCGCCAGAGCGGGUUGGUGGCUAUGCGGCUGGCGACGCCCCAGAGAAGCGGAAGAACCCCGAGCUUUAUGGGGGCCUGCAGACAGCCGCGGCCGGCGGCGCCGCUUCAGCUGCGGCUGCGGUUGCGGCAUCCGCCUCCGCUCCGCCCACCUCCUCCGCUGCUACUGCCGCCGAGCCGGCUGUCAGCUAUAUGCUCAGCGCCCGCAAGCCGCCGCCGCCGCCCACCGCUGCUACAGCCGCCGAGCGGCGGCGCCUGACGCCUCUGGCUCACAAGCCCGAGGUGUUGGCCCCGGUGGGGGGCUGGCCGCAGCUGCGGGCGGCGGUGGAGAACGGCGCCGACGCGGUGUACUUUGGGCUGGAGGACUUCAACGCGCGGGCGCGAGCCGCCAACUUCACACUGGAGGAGCUGCCCGCCGUCAUGUCGUACCUGCACGCCCGCGGCGUCAAGGGUUUCAUCGCGCUCAACGUGCUUGUGUUUGAUGAGGAGCUGGCGGCGGUGGAGGAGCGCGUGCGGGCCAUGGCGGCGGCGGGCGUGGACGCAGUCAUUGUGCAGGACUGGGGUGUGGUGGAGCUCAUGCGGCGGGUGGCUCCGGGUCUUCCCGUGCACGGCAGCACGCAGAUGAGCAUCACCAGCGGGGAGGGCGCGGCGUGGGUGGCGGGGCUGGGCGUGGAGCGGGUGGUGGUGGGCCGCGAGCUCAGCGUGCGCGAGAUUGCCAAGGUCCGGGACGCGGUGCCCGGCACGGAGGUGGAGGCGUUCGUGCACGGCGCGCUGUGCGUGUCGUACAGCGGCCAGUGCUUCAGCAGCGAGGCCUGGGGGGGCAGGAGCGCCAACAGGGGGCAGUGCGCGCAGGCCUGCCGCCUGCCGUACGGGCUGCUGGUGGACGGGCUGCUGCGGGAGCUGGGUGACGUCAGCUACCUGCUGAGCCCGCAGGACCUCAUGGCGGUGGAGCAGGUGCCUGACCUGAUCGCUGCGGGGGUGUCGUGCUUCAAGAUUGAGGGCCGGCUCAAGGGACCCGAGUACGUGGCGCUCACCACACAGGAGGUCAGCGGCCGCGUGGGCGAGCCGCUGACACUAACCCUGCGCGCGCUCGACACCCCCGGCGCCUCCUCCCCCUCCUCCCCCUCUGGCACCGGCUGCACCGCCGCCUCCGCCUCCACCUCUGUGCUGCUGGCCGCCGCCUCCAAGCGGCCCCUGACUGCGGAGGAGGUGGCGAAGGGGCUGGGGCCCAACCUGGGCGACCCCACCCUGGUGGUGCCGCCGGGGGGGCUGGACGUGAGCGGGCUGGAGCUGGAGGCGGGCCUGUUCCUGCCCGCCUCGGAGCUCAAGGCGGUGCGCCGGGCCGCAGUGGAGGCCCUGCUGGCCGCCCGCGCCGCCGCCGCCCUCCGCACCGCGCACGGCAUGGCGCCCGGGCCCCUGCUGCCGCAGCUGCUGGCGGCGGCGGCGGCGGAGCCGGCCCCGCCGCAGGCGCUGGCGCUGGUGCGCUCGCUGGCGUGCACGGGCCCGGUGCUGCCCAGCGGCGCGGCGCGGGCGCCGGAGGCGGAGGCGGAGGCCGGCGGUGGCGGCGGUGCUGGUGCUGGUGCUGGUGCUGGCGUGUUCUUCCUGCGCGACCUGCUGCGUGCGGGUGUGCGCACACUGCGGCUGGAGCUGGUGGACGAGGCGCCGCAGGCCGUGGCGCCGCUGCUGGAGGGGUACAGGGAUGUGGUGUUGGGCCGGCGCGGCCCCGGUGACCUGUGGCGCUGGCUGGCCACCCUCACGGACGCCAACGGCGCGGCGCACGGCGUGGACGCCGGCUCGCUGCAGCCGGCGCGGGAGCGGGCGCGCGGCGACAUGAAGCCCACAGCCGCGGCGCUCAAGCAGCAGCAGCAGCAGCAGGGGGAGAAGGGGCGGGAGGCGGCGGGGUCGGCGCGGCGGUGAGGCAGGGAGGUAGGGAGGCAGGGAGGAACGGAGGGGGAGGUGGCUGAUGAGGUGGGAACGGUGUGGGCACAUGAGGGCGACGCUUGCAUCGAAUGGGCUUAGCCCGGGAGUCCCGGGGGGCGGCCUGACCGUACGGUGCUUUACCCUGGUGAUGCUGUGGGGCCGGGCGGGGCCGGGAGGGGGCCGUUUGACGUGCGACUGCUCGGCAAUGCCCGGGCUGCAGGGGGCUUCCAGGUUGAGCUCGACGCUCUUCGGGUGCUGUUGCUGGGGGAAGAAGCCAUGCGCUGGACCAAAACGUGCGCAGCUGUGCGCACUUCCUGCUUGGCUGAUCGGCCUGAUCUCU